AUGCCGAAUUCUCGCAGCAAUGGAACAACUGAUGAAUCCAGAUCAUCACGUGUUGAAGUUGCCUCUCCCACCUCCCCUCGUUACAAAGCGCCUCCUUCCUGCGAUAAUUUCAUCGCAGAUGAUGGUGUGGAAAUGUCAGUGCCAGAACCAGAAUCGGACUCCAGCCCAGGGGAAGUGCCAUCGAACACCUUGAAACAUCGCAUUUGGCCUGACAGGUCGACUCAAACAUUGUACAACUCGUGGUCAACACUCAUUCCCACUCUCGUCGAAGCCCAACUCCAAUACUCCGCGCGAACGCAUGGCAAACCCUUAGAGAGAAUCCAGAAAGUCGUCUCAGCGUGUAGGACUCUCAGAAGCAUUGAGUUGCCGUUGUUCUUCCCUUCCCCAAGUCCUUAUCCACCAGGCUUGUUCCCAACAGCACCUUCGCAGCCUCGAAUGGCAGUCUCCCUUGAAUUACUAUCCUUCUACCGGACGUUGUUUGAGCGUUCCUGCGACGCAAUUAACGCGCUUACAUACGCUCUCAAGACAUAUUACUCGCGUAGAGGCUUCCGAUUGACAGACUCCAAGGGUGACGAAAUACGAGAACCUUUUCGUCGCGGCCUUGGCCAUGCGGUGCAAUGGUACGACAUUCUGCAAAUUGAAGUUGAGCGCCAAAUCGAAGACCUUCUCGAACGAUGCCGGGAUCAAGUUACACGGUUCGAAGAUGCAUCACCUAUCGUCGAUUCUCAUUCCCAUAGCACUUCCUCACCAUCUUGCAACCCCGCCAUCUCUCAUGACAUAGACCCACCAUCCACCCCCUUCCCGUCGGUGCUACCCCAAGGCCGGUGUUUGUCAAUUCUUGCGCAGCGAUGUCCUGCGUGUUUUGGUGGAAUAUUCCACGGAAAACUGAUUGAGGAAGGCGCUGACAUACAUGUUGCGACUGAUGGAAAACUUCCAUCAACCGGCAUAGGCGCCUCAGCGGGGUUUGUUGAUGAGGCACGCAACCCCCUUGUACCGGAUGAAGCUAUCGACUUGUGUGAAGGUGCUUAUGAAGCAGCUGAUGGGAAGAAACAGAAAGCGGCCAUGGACAAUUCUCCCGGCGAACAGCAAAAAUAUUCCAUCGCGCUUCUCCAACACUUGUUUUCGUUACUGCCUCCCCAGGCUACUGUUACUCUACUAUACGACGUUGGGUGCGUUCUCGCGCGAUCGCUUUCUAAGCAUGAGAUACUUCCUGAAGAUGUGACCAACCGUCUCCGUUUCGCUACCACAGCCAUGCACGCCUACGGGCACGAGUGGGCGUGCAAAAGACUGUGGUCGCGGUUUGUUCGGUUAAUCGGUGUCGAAAGGUCGUCUUCGCGCCAACGUCGGCUAUGGCUGCUUGAUCGUCAGGCAGCUGCAAUCGGACAGGAGAUGCGCAUCGACCUUGGUGAUUGGAUCAAGCGUCGUCUAAGACGUGGUAUCAAGGAUCAAGGAGCGGUGGCACAAGAAACCCUCACUAAAUGUCGAAUCCCUAUCGAAGAACUGCGGUCACAAUGGCUCCAUCAACAGAAAUCACAACUGUCCAUCCGCACUCAUGCACCUGCUCGACUUAAAAAAGAGUUGGACAUUGUCCUCUCUUUACAAACUGACCUCGACACCUCACACAAGGCACUCCAGGCCGCUAAAUCCAUUUUGGGCAAAGAGUCGGCAUCUGACGACACAAUACAAGCUCUUGAGAGUCUUACCAACGGACACGACCGCUUGAUAACCAAGGUGGAAACACUCUACGUGUCGCUUAACAUUCACGACAGGUUUCCUGAGCUCCAGGGCAUCGAUCUAGAGUUUGUUCGAAUAUUGCUGACAGCUCGCGACCUCAAGAUGAACAUACGCAAGCGGGCGAUUGCCAGUUUCUUCGAAUGGGACAAGCUCGAUCGGGCAGUAGGCGGCGCUCAACAAGCCUUAGGAACCAAGCUUCACCAGCAGACGAGGAAGGCCAUAGCCAAACGACAGCCCGCCCUUAUGACCGCCAUCAGAAAGUUCAAUUCAUAUUGCGAGCAGUUGGAAUCUCAUUACGACAUAUCUUCCGGCAUUCCGUUACCAUCACCUCUUCCAACGAAGCUUGCAGACUUGCGCGCUGAUCCCACACUAAUGGAGGAUGUGUGGAUAACCCCUUCAGUUGGUGAGGUACCACGGUGGUUGGAGGAUUCUGAGGUAAGGGAUGGCAUACGCGCGCUUCUCAAGCGUGAUCACUGCCAAGAAGAACGGCUGCGACUUCGCACUGAGGCAGAUAACUUGUGCCGUUUUUUCAGAGCAGAGUUGGCUGCACUCGAACUCGCUAUUCGAUCUUCGGGAAGCGAUCAUUUCACAGCUGCCCUGCAACAGCGCCAGAGCAACUUCCUUCAGACCCAAUCACGCUGGACAAACCCGCUAGCAUCUUCGGCACAGUUCACCGCGCAAGUGAACAAAGCACAACAAACUGUUCUUGGCAUUUCUGGCGACUCUCGGCAUCCUAGCAUCGCCUCGAUCCAUACUACCACAUUGGAAUCUUCGGACUUAGAGGGUGAUGAUGAUCGAACGUUUACUGAUGAAGUACUGCAUGUCGACUCGGACCAAGCCGCCCUCGCAGACCUACUGGAGGGUGAUAUGGGACCCUUAGAUCAUGACGACGCCAACGACACCACAAAUUUUGGCCACAAUGUUGACGUGAAUUUUCUCCAACCAGAUGGGUCUGAGAAUCUUCUAAUCGAUGACUACAAUGUUCCAGCUCGCAAAUCGAACAUUGUUGUGCCUGGCACCUUUACGGCGCGAGUCCGACCUCCUUGUGACGGAUUUCCCCAUCAGAUUUUUGAACCCAAAGACAUUGCCAUUCUCUGUUCCCCCGCAGCGUGUCUCAAUGACAUUUGCAUAAACAGUUGCGCUGUGCUACUCUACUCCGAGCUCAAGGUUCCCAACGUCUCUUGCGCAAUACUCUCCACUCAUGACCUUCCACGUAUCCGAUACAAUGCGCCUGAUGAAGUCAUCUGGCGUCAAUGUUCAUGGACGCAGUACUGGGAGAGAGACAUAUGGGUCCUUCCUAUACAUCGACCCUCCCACGUUGGACAUUGGGUAUUUUGUGCGAUCUACCUGCCCUCUAAGGAGUUUCACCUCUUCGAUAGCCUUGGGGAUCAAAAACCUUGGAAACGCGACGUAAAGGACAUAAUGAAAUUGGUUGGUCGGCUCAUUCUACUGGCACGCAAACAUCACCAUCACCUUCCUGUCGACCUCGAAGGGUGGGUGGCUCGACCACUCAAUAUACAACCUCUUCAAACCAACAGCUAUGACUGUGGCAUCUGGGUUUUAGCUGCAAUCGUUGCUGUGCUUCGUGGGCGGCAUGUCACGGGAGUACGCGAGGCUGACAUUGGUGAUCUGCGUCAUUAUCUUAGCAUGCUCGUACUUUCUCUACCAUUGGAUGUCCAACAAAUGUCUUGA